AUGGCGGGGAGACUACUCAAGGCAAAGGUGUUUCUUGUGGAUGAAACAUUCGAGGAGGUGGAGUACGAUGAGUCCAAGACGGCUGCGGAUAUCUUGGAGAACGUGGCGAGCAGAAUUGGGUUGGGGGAGUUCAAAAGGUUCGGGCUCUUCGAGCACCGGAGGUGCACCAACGACAGCACAGAAGUCUUCUCGAAUGACUACACGGGUAUUGACGAGGGCGCUAGAAUGGCGGACAUAAUGGCCGCCCUGAUGAGCUCCACGGAGAGUAGCGAGCGGCAAGUGGAGCGGCGCCUCAUGUUGCGCAAGAGGUCUUUCCGGGACGGGGAGGAGGCGAUAAUGGACCCGCUGUUCAUCCGGCUCUGUUAUCUCCAAGCUAGGCAGGAAUACGAAGAGGGCAUCUAUCCCACGCCUCUGGACCUCGUGGCGCAGCUCGCAGCGCUCCAUCUAGUUCUGGACCUUGGCUUGCUGCCUGAGUCUGAAGCAGCGCUGAUCGGGCAAGCGCAGGUGGAGCAAAGGAUCCCCGUGGAGUUCCGACCCAUGAAGGAGCAGCGAGAGUGGCACACGGACGUGCUCACUCGCUACAACGCGCUCGUGCACUUCAUCCGGCCAUCCCCAAAGGAAUACAUUGUUUCAGUGGAGCUGCGUAACAUCAUGAAGGUAAACAGCAGCCCUCCCGCGCUGUUCUUCACCUUCCGCAUGGCGAGAGUGCCGCACGUCUACCAGUUCAAGAGUGCGCAGGGCGAGGGGAUCUGGCUCGCCAUCGAGAUGCACAUUAAUGAUGUCCUCGAUCGCCGCUUUGCUAGGCGCCAGAACACAUUGGGGGAGAGCUCUGGUAGGGGUGGGGCGGCUGGGGAGGGGGGUUCGGCGUUGGAGCUGCGCUUGAGAGCAGAGCGGGAUCACCUGGCAGCAAGGCUGGCAGUUGCUGAGCAGCAAUUGGAGGAGAUCCGGGCGGCAGGGGCCCAGCCAAGCGAGGAGGUGGAGGAGAAGGAGGCGCAGUGGGGGAAUUGGCAGGAAAUCAUGAAGGAGCUGCAGGAGCUGAGGGAGAUGAAGGUGGAGAUGGAGCGGAACCGAGUGGAGGAUGUGGAGGUGAUACAGCGGCAGGGCAAGCGGAUAGCGGAGCUGGAGGAGAUGGUGCAGCGCAAUCGGGACUUUAACAUGGUGGAGGGCGAGUGGGCCGAGGACAUGAAGGGGAAGAUCCGGGGCGAAGGGCAGGGCAUGGGGCAGCAACAUUGCCAUGUCAGCACGGGCAACAACAUGAGUCUGCUGAAUGACGCCAGGACACAAGCUCUGGAGUCGCAGCGGAAGGCGGUGCAGGAGGAGCUGAAGACGGUGGGCGGGGGAAUAGAGGAGCAGGCACAGGCAGCUGCAGGAGAGCACUCAAAGUCACUGCUGUCACACUCUCAACCCCCUGUUUGCACAUGCCGCCAUGUCAUCAUGGCACCAUUUCGUCCUUAUGGGUUGCAGCAGAAGGACUCGCUGCGCUGCACCCCGCAGUCGGGUCGCGCAGAGGAGCAUGUGGUGGCGCCCCCCCUCACCACCCCAUGCACACCGCUCCCUGCACCCACACCGGUGCCUGGCGUUUCGGAGGGGGAAAUGAAUCUUCCCGUGCCCACAGCACCGCAUGCUCCAACAAAGGGACGCCUUGAGAGGGUGGAGCGGGUUCUGCAUGUGGUGGAGGACGACUUGCAGAGCAGGGAUGCGAUGCUGCAAGAAGUGACGGCAGAUAGGGACCGUCUGCAGGGGCAACUCAAUGGUGUGGUGGAGCGACAAAGAAGUGCGGCGCAGGAACUCGAUGACAUGGUGCAGCAACUCAUUGGCAUGACGGAGAGGGAGAGGGAGAAGAGAAAGGCCGCCGAGGCAAAGCUGCAGGCCCGCGGACGGUAA